CGCUCCGCUGCUCGCUCUUCUUCGGGGCCCAGGAGGAGGAGGCUGCCUUGACCGCCCGGCGGAGAGGGACCCUUUGGGGCUGCAGCAGCAGCAGCGGAGCCAGAGCCCCACAGAUCCCAAUGAUGGAGGCUGGCUCUGUGGUCCGUGCUAUCUUUGAUUUCUGUCCCAGUGUCUCUGAGGAGCUGCCGCUGUUUGUGGGGGAUGUCAUAGAAGUGUUGGCUGUAAUAGAUGAGUUCUGGCUCCUUGGAAAGAAGGAAGGGGUUACAGGACAGUUCCCCAGCAGUUUUGUGGAACUUUUGGAGGUCCCUGCUUUGAAACAAGGGGAGAAGCUCUUUGUUUGUACCAGCAACUUUACUUCUCAGGAGCCUGGCAGCCUGACCUUGCAGAGAGGUGACCUGGUGGUUCUGGAUGGUUCUGUAGCCUCUCCAUGGCUCCAAGGCCGAAGUUGUUGGGGAGUUAGUGGUUUCUUCCCAUCAUCCUGUGUAAGAGAAAUCAGCCUCUCUACCUUUGGCCCUCGAUACCCUUAUGGAACCAUGUUGGAGAUGCCAGCCUAUGCCUUGGGCCAAGCCCGAGCACUGAUGAGCCUUUCUGCACAGCUGGAAGAAGAGCUGGACUUCCGGGAAGGAGAUGUGAUUACCAUUGUUGGCAUCCCUGAGCCUGGGUGGUUUGAAGGGGAGCUUGGAGGCAAACGAGGUAUCUUCCCUGAGGGAUUUGUGGAACUUUUGGGUCCGCUGAAAACAAAGGGCAACCCAGAGGAUCUAGGAUCAUCAGAAAUCCACAAUGUGAAUGGAGUGAAGGGUGUAUACCCCCAGGAAGAACAAAGGGCAUGGAGCGAUAGGGAAGAGCUGCCAGGGCCUUAUGGGAUUGCCCUAUAUCAAUUCCAGGCUUUGGAAUCAGCAGAGCUUGACUUUGAGGUGGGGGACAGAAUCCGGAUUGUGGGAGUCUUGGACGAUGGCUGGCUGGAGGGGGAACUCCGAGGAAGACGCGGCAUCUUUCCCCACAGGUUUGUGAAGUUGGAGGAGGGUAGUCCCCCAUCCAGGAAGAAAUGGGAACUUGGAUGCCCAUUGAAGGCGGUGGUCCCGGUGGCAUCCAGCCCCCACAAAGCAGAUUCUCCUGCUGUAUGGGAAGUACCUGAGUGGAGCCCCGUCUGUUCUGAGGAGAAGCCUGGUCAUCUUCCAGUGGGGCUGGAGGAUGUCUUGGAGGACUCUGAGCUCCAACAGGAUGAAAUGUUGAAUCACCAGAAUGAAGCCUUCCUGGAACCUCUUUCCUCAGGCAUGUCAGGGGCUCCCCCUGUAGACUCAGCCAAAGUUGUCAAUGGGGUUUCUAAGAUACCUCAGCCCCCAGUCCAACCAAAGAACCAGCCCUGUGGCCAGGUGAGUAGACCAGAGUCCAGCCAGAGACGGAGGGCCUCAUGGGACUACACUGAAGCCUGCAAUCCCCCAGAGCAAGAUGGAGAAACUCACAGUCUUUCUCAUGAAAACACCCUUUGUGAGGACUUAGCCCCUUGUGUGGAUGUCCAGUGGCAGAAAACCAAAUCCCGUUCUUCCAGCUUCAGUGGGUCUCAUGGGGGCCUAGAUACUUGGCCUGUCUGUCAUGGCACUCGAUCCGAGUGCCCCCAAGAGGUGCUGCAUGGGGAGAGCUGUGGGGACCUUGAUUCUAAGCUGACAGAGCAGCUGGCUCAGUUUGAACAAAGCCUGACCAGUCCUACAGGUCAAGCCAGAUACAGCACCCCCCAACAGGAUAAUGUUUCCCGGCAUUUUUCCAUCUUGGACUUCAGCUCUGAGAAGGAUAUUGUACGUGGCUCAGUGGAGCACACUCCCCAAAGGAGGAAAGUGCUAAGGCCACCCCCUCCUCGACCUAGCACUCCAAUCUCAGCCCUACUUCAUUCACCUGCAGGGCAGACCCCUCAAAAUAUGCCUUCUCCUCAAAUUCUUCCAACUUCUGUACGGCCCUCCAGGCCAGCCCCACUUCCACCUGCAGGUAGCCAGAGGAAGAUUCCAGCUUCAGUAAAACUACGCUCAGAGGUCAAAAAGAGAUCAAGUAGCACUGGUGAGUCUGGAGAUGCAUCACAGUAUCUUUUCCUGGUGAAACACAUUGAAAAAUUGGAGCAAGAACUGGAUGUUUACAGAAAGACCCGCAUAGAGGUCAGUGCAAUGCUGGAGCGGCCACAGAAUGAGCUUGUACGAACAGAGACACUGGAAAACCUGAACUUCUGUGACUGCAAGAUCUCCAGCCUGAACCUGGAGCUGCAGGAACUGAAGGAAAUGACACUGCUCUCUGCCCAACCGGCAUCCCUGGAAUCUACAACUGCUGCAACCACAACACCAAACCCAGAGCAGAGGAUGUUGGAAAAGAGGACAAAGGUCAUUGAAGAACUGCUGCAGACAGAGAGGGAUUAUAUCCGAGACCUUGAGAUGUGUGUGCAGAAAGUGCUAGUGCCAUUGCAGGAAGCACAGGUGCCACAGGUAGACUGCGAGGGGCUGUUUGGGAACAUUUAUGGGGUCAUUGCCUUCUCAAAGCAAUUACUGAGCACCCUGGAAGCUGCUGAUGCUGUUGGACCAACGUUCCUGGCACUUCAGACAGAGCUGGAGGCUGUGUAUAAAGUGUACUGCCAGAACCAUGAUGAGGCCAUUGCACUGCUGGAGGCCUAUGAGAAAGAUGAGAGGGUGCAGAAGCAUCUCCAGGAAUCUCUGGAGGUCCUCAGGAGCCUAUAUAGUGAAUGGGGCUGUACUAAUUACAUCGACCUGGGCUCCUUCCUCAUCAAGCCUGUCCAGCGUGUAAUGCGCUAUCCACUGCUGCUGAUGGAGCUCCUGAGCGCAACACCCGAGUCCCACCCUGAUCGCGCUCCGUUGGCAGCUGCUGUCCUGGCAGUGAAAGAGAUCAAUUGCAACAUCAACGAGUGCAAACGUCGGAAGGACCUUGUGCUGAAAUACAGAAAGACAGAUGAUGACAGCCUUAUUGAGAAGAUCUCCAAGCUCAACUUCCACUCCAUUAUCAAAAAGUCCAAUCGUGUCAGCAGCCACCUCAAGCACCUCACGGGUUUUGCACCUCAGCUCAAGGAUGAGGCUUUUGAGGAGACAGAGAAGAAUUUCCGGAUGCAAGAGCGGCUGAUUAAAUCUUUUAUCCGGGACCUGUCCCUUUACCUUCAGCAUGUCCGGGAGUCAGCCUGUGUAAAAGUGACAGCAGCACUCAGUAUGUGGGACCUGUGCAUGGAGAAAGGCAGCGCUGAGUUGGAGCAGUUUCAGAAGGUCCAUCGCCUCAUCAGUGAUCAACUCUUCUCUGAUUUUAAGGAGCGAACAGAGCGGCUCGUGAUCUCGCCACUCAGUCAGCUGCUGAACAUGUUUGCUGGACCUCACAAACUUGUGCAAAAGCGUUUUGACAAGCUGUUAGAUUUCCACACUUGCACGGAGCGUGCCGAGAGAUUGAAGGACAAGCGGACCUUAGAAGAGUUGCAGUCAGCACGCAACAAUUAUGAAGCCUUGAACACGCAGCUCCUGGACGAACUGCCCAAAUUCCAGUGCUGUGCCAAGGAGCUAUUUACCAGCUGCUUGCGUGGCUAUGCUGAGGCUCACUGUGACUUUGUACGGCUGGCACUGCAGGAACUAAAACCUCUGCUCUCGCUGCUAAAAGUGGUUGGUAGAGAGGGGAAUCUGGUCGCCAUCUUCCAAGAAGAGCACAGUCGAGUCCUUCAGCAGCUGCAGGUCUUCACUUUUUUCCCAGACAGCGUCCCUGCUACCAAGAAGCCCUUUGAGAGGAAGAGCCUGGAGCGCCAGUCUGCACGGAGGCAGCCACUUCUGGGCAUGCCCAGCUACAUGCUGCAGUCAGAUGACUUGCGUGCAGCCCUCCUGGCUCGGUACUCCCCUGACAAGCUUUUCCAGGCCGAGCGCAACUUCAACGCAGCUCAAGAGCUGGAUGUGUCCCUCCUGGAAGGAGACCUGGUGGGUGUCCUCAAGAAGAAAGACCCUAUGGGCAGCCAGAACCGCUGGCUUAUUGACAAUGGAGUGACAAAAGGAUUUGUGUACAGCUCCUUCCUGAAGCCUUACAACCCGCGAUGCAGCCACUCAGAUGCCUCCGUGGGCAGUCAUUCCUCUAGUGAAUCUGAGCACAGUGGCUCUUCUUCCUCCCAUGGCAGCAGCAGUACUCCAAGCAGCACGCUAGGUAAUGCCUCUGUGAGUAGCCCCCAGAAGACUCCACCAGACUCUGGCUUCCAGGGGGAGCUGAUCCACUCUCUGCAGGCUUCUUCUGAGGUGGAUGCUGCCUGCCAGGCCCAGGUGGGCCCCACAGGGGAGACAGUACAUCCAUCCCGCCUUGUUCCAGCAUCACGGCGCUACAAUAACCCUGAUCCUCACAAUGGUCACUUACCCCGACCCAAGACUAGAGAAGCACUUUCACUGCAGGGCAGUAACUCUAGGAUGAAGAGGAGUGAGUGUAAAGGAAACCAGGUUUAUUAUGCUGUUUACACCUUCAAGGGAAGGAACUCAAAUGAACUGAGUGUAACAGCCAAUCAGAGACUAAAGAUUCUGCAGUUUGAAGACAUCACUGGAAAUCAGGAGUGGUGGUUGGCAGAGGCACUUGGGAAGCGGGGCUAUGUGCCAUCCAGUUACAUUCGGAAGACAGAGUACACGUGAGAUGCCUAUCUGGCAGUGCCAGAAUCCAUUGCCUUAAUCACUGUUGGAAAUGGACAGAGGAAGAAAGUCUUGCUCAGUCUUGCUCCCCUGUUCUUCCCUGAUGGUUUAGAUUUGGAUAUAUUAGAUAGGGAGUGACAUUUCCAGUAAUGAUGAAUUGAGGUGCUCCCAUUGGCCUUCUACUGUUGUACCUUAUGAAGCAGUACUGCAAGGCCUGAGCAGCAGUCUCUUCUUCCCUUCAUCAGUGCUGGGUGAAGUUCAUUUCUCCUUGUGGGAGGUCCUUAGUUCCCUUUGACUAACAGGGUUGCAGACUAGCUGGAGAUGAUGCAGCAAGGAGGCAUUUGACCAAUGCUAAACUAUGUGAUAGGCACCAGUUCAAAUCCUAACAGGAGCCCUGCUAGGUCAGUAUUUUGUUCUCCCAGUGAGACCAGCCCACCAGUAGUCCACAAGACUUCUGCCUUCUAUCCCCCAGAAACUGGUAUUGAGAAAAACACUGUCUUUGAAGCAAAACUUCUAAAAAAUUCUUCUUUGUAAUCUGGGGGUGGCCAUGUUCAUUGGGAGAUUCUGGAAAUUGUAGAGCCACCCGAAGAAGAAGAAGAAGAAGAACAACAACAACAACAACAACAACAACUUUUAUAAGGCCUGUACUCAACUGACUGGUUUCCAUUUAACAAUCACAAUAAUAGCUGUUGAUCAAUCUGACCUUCAUGAAAGAGUGGCUGGACCCAUAUAGGGCAGAGAGAAAGACAGAAGUCUCUUUUCCUAAGGACAGAAUAAUGUUGGGUGCAGAGUUGCUGCACUAGAUAUUUUUGGGAGUGAUGCACAAUGGCAGAGGGCAGAGAAAACCAUCUCAGUUGCCAAAGAAAAUUGCUCUGCCAGCUCGCAAGCAGUUUGGAAUAGAGAUCCUGUAUCAGGACACUUACUACAUUUUCAUCCAGGCAAAACUAUGACAUGUUUUCCCUUUUCUGUCCCACAGGACCCACUUGCCACCUGUAGCCCACCUCUACAGCUGGUGACGAGUGGCAGUCAUGGGAGAUGGAUCUGGCUGUACACUUACAGCCAGCUAAAAAAUAACAGUAACUACUCUAGGUUCGCCAAAGUUUCUGAAGGAUCCCUUUGUCCUGUGAUUGGCUAUAGGCACAUAGCUGAACACUUCUGGUGCCCCCCCCCCCAUGCCCUACUCUUCACCAGAUGCGAAAUGACUGUUGAGGUGUGUAGGAGGGAGAUGAAUCCUGCAAGGAGUUUGGGCAUUACAUGAGAAAUUCCUCCCUCUACAGUGACCAAAAAAGUUCAGUUAUGCCUGAACUUUUGCUAUUGUCUUCCCAAUCCUGGUGUUGCAGCACCUACAUCAGUUUUACCCUAGAUGCUACCACCGUCUAAUCUAGCAUAGUUUUGCCAGCCAACAGAAUUAUAGCCCUUGGAUGCUGCAGCGUCUCUGUAAAUUGCUGGGACUGUUCUGGCCUUCAGGUACCAGUCAAAAUUGCCAGGGGUGGAAUGAAUUCCUGUGCUGAGAGAAAAGACUCCGAAUGUAAGAGCUGCAUUUUGUUUGAUACUCUUGAGCUACUGUUUUGUAAAUAAAAGUUCUCUUUCUGAAAUUA